AUUGAGCAUACUUUCAGUUCAUUCAAUUAUUAUUUUGCAAAGAAGAAAAUCUAGAGAAACAAGUUAUGGUUUUGUGAUCUCUUUUUUUCCACAUUUCAUCUUCUUUCUCCAUCAAUCGAUCUGUACUCAAGAUUUCGGCUAUCUAGGUUUCACCAUUGUCCUUCCAGCUCUGAUGGCUACUGAAUGUUGCUCUACACAACUUAUUGAUGGCGAUGGUGAAUUUAAUAUCACUGGAAUAGACAAUUUCAUAAAGGAGGUUAAAUUAGCGGAUUGUGGACUCUCAUAUGCUGUAGUCUCGAUCAUGGGGCCACAAAGUAGCGGGAAGAGCACUCUAUUGAAUAAUUUGUUCAAAACAAACUUCAGAGAGAUGGAUGCGUUUAGAGGAAGGUCUCAAACUACAAAAGGUAUUUGGCUCGCACAUUGUACCGGAAUUGAACCGUGUACACUAGUAAUGGAUUUGGAAGGAACCGACGGAAGAGAACGUGGAGAGGAUGAUACAGCAUUCGAGAAGCAGAGUGCACUCUUUGCCCUUGCCGUUUCAGAUAUUGUGUUAAUUAACAUGUGGUGUCAUGAUAUUGGUCGUGAACAAGCUGCAAAUAAGCCUCUUUUGAAGACUGUAUUUCAGGUCAUGAUGAGAUUGUUUAGUCCUCGCAAAACAACUUUGAUGUUUGUAAUACGUGAUAAAACUAAGACACCCUUGGAGAACUUAGAACCUGUUUUGAGAGAAGAUAUCCAGAAGAUAUGGGACUCUGUUCCAAAGCCACAGGCUCAUUUGUCAACUCCUCUUAGUGAGUUUUUUAAUGUUGAGGUUGUUGCUCUUUCAAGUUAUGAAGAAAAGGAAGAGCAGUUUAGAGAGCAGGUCGCUAAUUUGAGGCAAAGAUUCUUUCAUUCCAUUGCACCUGGUGGACUUGCUGGUGAUCGACGAGGUGCAGUACCUGCUUCAGGUUUCUCUUUCAGUUCACAAGAAAUAUGGAAAAUUAUCAAAGAGAACAAAGACCUUGAUCUUCCUGCACAUAAGGUUAUGGUUGCCACUGUGCGCUGUGAAGAAAUCGCCAAUGAGAAGUAUGCUGAAUUUGGUGCAAAUCCUGAAUGGUGUGCAAUGGACGAGGCCGUACAAAGUGGUUUUGUUCCGGGCUUUGGGAAGAAGCUAAGUUCAAUCCUGAACAUUUGCUUAACAGAGUAUGAUAGUGAAGCAACAUAUUUCGAUGAAGGAGUUCGAUCUUCAAAGCGGAAGCAACUUGAAGAAAAAUUGUUACAACUUGUACAACCAGCAUACCAAACUAUAUUGGGACAUCUAAGGUCUGUAACCUUUGAGAAAUUCAAGGACGCAUUUGAAAAGGCUCUCAAUGCUGGAGAAGGAUUUUCACUGGCUGCAACUACUUGUGCUGAGUCAUUCAUGGCUCAAUUUGAAGAAGGAUGUGCAGAUGCUGUUAUUCAUCAAGCAAAUUGGGAUGCCUCUAAAGUUAAAGAGAAGCUUCGACGUGACAUUGAUGCACACAUUACUACUGUUCGGGCUGCGAAACUGUCUGAGCUUACAACCUCAUUUGAGACAAAACUAAACCAUGCAUUAUCAGCACCUGUGGAAGCUCUCUUAGAUGGAGCUAAUCACGAGACUUGGUCGUCAAUAAGAAAAUUGUUGAAACGUGAGUCUGACUCAGCUGUUUCAGAGAUGUCCUAUGACCUCAAAGGCUUUGACAUGGAUGAAAAAUACAAAGAAGAGAUGCUUAAAAACUUGGAAAAUCAUGCAAAAGGUGUUGUGGAAUCCAAAGCAAAAGAGGAAGCUGCUCGAGUCCUUAUAAGGAUGAAAGACAGGUUUUCGAUGUUAUUUAGUCAUGAUUCCGAUUCCAUGCCUCGAGUUUGGACUGGAAAUGAAGAUAUUCGAACAAUUACCAAAACUGCUCGCUUUGCUUCCUUGAAGAUCUUAUCAGUGAUGGCCGCGAUUCGGUUAGACAAUAAUCCCGAUACCAUCGAGAAAACACUAUCCUCUUGUUUAUUGGAACCCACUAGUACUCCUGCCAUUACUGACAAAAGCACCGCCACAACGGCUGACCCUUUGGCCUCAAGCACUUGGGAAGAGAUUCCAUCGUCAAGAACAUUGAUCACACCAGUUCAGUGUAAAUCUGUGUGGAGACAAUUCAAAGCAGAAACAGAAUACAGUGUGACUCAGGCCAUCUCCGCCCAGGAAGCAAACAAACGUAAUAACAAUUGGUUACCACCUCCAUGGGCCAUUGUAGCCUUGAUUAUUCUAGGCUUUAAUGAAUUUAUGACACUUUUGAGAAAUCCAUUUUACCUGGCUUUUAUAUUUGUCGGGUUUCUACUUGUUAAAGCCUUAUGGGUGCAAAUGGAUGUUGCGGGUGAAUUCCAACAUGGUGCUCUACCUGGUCUCAUUGCGUUGUCUGCAAAAUUCCUUCCAACUGUGAUGAAUAUUGUGAGAAGACUAGCAGAGGAAGGCCAGAAAGCAGCAGCACAAGCUGCUGCUGCUGCAGAUAAUCCACCCGGAGGAGACCCAACAAAGAACUUCGAGGGUGAAGCUAAUAAGAUCGUGUCAUCAACAGGUUCAUCAGAGGUAACUUCAUCCAAAAAUGAGGUUGAAUACUCUAGUGUCUCAUCGAAAGAAGACUAAUGAGAACUUGAAUCAGGGUUAUCUGCUCAUUACAAGGCAUAAUUAAUUAAGGUAUAUGUAGCUAUAUGAAAUUGUGGCUCAGAAUUGGAGCAAUUUUCAAGGUUCUUAAUGCCUUUCAUCAGUGUUAGUUUUACAAGUAUUUGUAUAGGCCUUUUAUUUAUUUAUUUAUUUAUUUUGUUCCUAAUACCUCAUCUUAAAGCCGAUUAUUACGUGGCUAAUUGAUUACCGAAGCCAAUGUUUAAAAUUCAUUUUUUUCUAUGGUGAAGACUGUAAGCCACAAUGUUUGUUCCUUUGUAAUUGGAAUCAAUUCUUGAUGGUGGCUUCUUUAAUGGUAUUCUUUAUUUAUGGC